UUGCACAUGGAACUGAUUUCUUGUACUACUUGAUGAACCAAGUGUGCUUGCAAACUUGGUGGACAUUGCCUAAAAUGUUAUGACACAGAACAAAUUUCAUGUUAUAAAAAUAACUCUGAACACAGGAACUAUAGAAAUAGUUGAAGCAAAAUCUUUGGAACAGCAUCCAGAAAAACUCAACGUAACAUCCGUAGAACAUUACCGACUGGGACAAGAAAUGUCAUCGAUCGUUGGUACUUAUCAACAUGAGCGCAAUGAAAAUCUCGACGAAUAUUUUAAAGCCGUGGGUGUGCCAUAUAUUGCACGGAAAAUGAUGAGCAUGACCAGUCCGCGACUGGAAAUAUCAAACGACGGUGACAAAUGGACCAUUCGUACAAUUUCUAUGAUUCGUACAGUAGAAAUAGUAUUCACUCCCGGCGAAGAAUAUGAGGAACACAUGCCUAGCGGAGUUACAUUAAAAAACGUAACCACAAUGGAGGGAGACAGUAUAGUGACACAUUCGGUCGGUCCAGAUAACACCAAAGUGGUGCGGAAGUACGAUGUUACAGAGGAUGGUCUGGUAUUGACAAUGACCCAUGAAAAGAGUGGCCAAGUGGCGAAGCGUUAUUUUAAGCGUAUUCCGUAAACCUCGACUAUAUUUUGAUGAAAAAUUAUUUUUAUAUUUCAUUCGUCAUGAAUUCAAUUUUCAACGCGCAAUCUGUUUGUCUUCUACGUAUAUUUAUAUCUGUAUUGUAAUAAUUCUUGGAUGAUAUCAUUUGAGAGCACAGUUUUUAAGUAACGAAAAAGCAUCGUGUAGGAACGGAAGGCGCGUGAAAAUGCCUACAGUUGCCGGAGGGAAAAAAGUCGUGGAUCGAUCGCAAAUGUCCCCACUGUCAUUUUCAGUAUAAUGCCCCGCCUACUUUUAUUAUCCGUCACGUGUUAUAUGGCACACAAACAAAAAUUGUAUUAUUAAUUAUAUUAAACAAAAAUAAAUUCGUAUUUAAGGGACCUUG